AUGCACAUCAUCAGACCGAUCUGGCUCACUCAUGGAGGCGAAAAGAAAGAUUUCGAGGUCUACAGCUGCCAUGUCUCCCCCGACGGCAAGCGUCUUGUCACCGCAGCUGGCGAUGGCUACGUGCGAAUCUGGUCGACCGAGGCGAUCUACAAUGCCACCAAUGCGAGAUACGACAAGCCCAAGCAGUUGGCGUCGAUGAGUUAUCAUUCGGGCACCAUUCACACAGUGCGCUUCUCCCCUGGAGGGAAAUUCCUGGCUUCUGGGGCAGAUGACAAGAUUGUCUGCAUAUACACUCUGGACCCGAGUCCUCCUACCCAUGCCACAUUCGGUUCGAACGAGGCCCCUCCGGUUGAGAACUGGCGCAUUUUCCGGAGACUGAUCGGCCACGACAACGAUGUACAAGAUCUGGGCUGGUCAUAUGACGGGACAAUCCUGGUGUCCGUGGGCUUGGAUUCAAAGGUGGUGGUAUGGUCAGGUUUUACUUUCGAAAAAUUGAAGACGCUCUCGAAUCAUGCCAGCCAUGUCAAAGGUAUCACUUUUGAUCCAGCCAACAAGUACUUCGCGACCGCAAGCGACGAUCGAUCAAUUCGGAUAUUCCGGUUCACCUCUCCGACACAGAACUACACGACGCAUGAUGCGGUGAACAACUUCACCCUCGAGACGACCAUUAUCCAGCCAUUUGUCAAUUCACCCUUAACAACAUACUUCCGGAGAUGCUCCUGGGCCCCUGAUGGGAUGCAUAUCGCAGCAGCGAACGCAGUCAACGGGCCCGUCAGUGCAAUCGCCAUCAUUAAUCGUGGUACAUGGGAUGGAGACACUACUUUAAUCGGGCAUGAAGGGCCAGUGGAGGUAUGUGCGUUCUCCCCGAGGCUCUACGGAGCAGAACCUCCUGCCAAGAAUGCGCUUGAAGAUCAUCCUACACCUCACACGACGGUGAUCGCAUGCGGAGGGGCAGAUAAAUGCCUGAGUAUCUGGACGACAAGCAGUCCACGGCCUAUUGUAGUCCAGCAAGAUGUAGCUGGCAAACCGAUUUCAGAUAUUUCCUGGAGCCCAGAUGGCCAGACACUGUUCGCCACUGCGCUAGACGGCACCAUUUUGACGGUCAUGUUCGAAGCGGGAGAGUUGGGCUACGCAAGACCCAUUGAAGAAAAUGACCGGUCACUCUCCAAGUACGGCACGUCAAGAAAAGGGAUCGGAUUUCCUGAAAGCACCGAUGCACUCUUGCUCGAAGAGAUGAGCAAGGCCGGUGAGCUCAAGGGUGUUGAAGGGCGCAUGGGUGCGUUGAUGGGCGACCUUCACUCCUCAUUACCGGCAACAGCAGAAAAGCCAUCCGCCACUACGAAUGGCACAACCACGAAUACCCAAAACCUCGCAAAUGACACGGCGGAACCGACGACCAAUGGGCAAGCCGCAGUGAAGGCACAAGACGACCAAAACCAGGCCAAACUCGAGAGACUCAAGAAUCGAGUCGAGAUCACUAAGGAUGGUAAGAAGAGAAUACGGCCUCUGUUGGUGUCUGGUGCCGGCGGGACGGAGUCUUCACUACCGCAGACGAAGCUGGUCAGUGCCAGCGCGAAUGUUCAGACGGUCGAUGCCCCUCAAUCCGUGCUGGAUCUUUCCAAACCGUUUGACGGACUUCCAAAAGGUGGCCUGGCAGCGUUGUUACUUGGAAACAAACGAAAGUAUGCACAGAUCGAAGGGGAAGAAGAAGGUACUACCGAGAAACGAGUGGUGGCAGCAAGCCAGAAGGGAGCUACGCCUAUCCUUGUUAAUGGCACGGAUGGCCUCUUACCCGCACAACCUCAGCCAGCUGUGAGUGGGCAACAGGGAGCCCCAGAUUUCAUCCGGCCAGCUGUUGUCAACCAGGCACUGUCCGUCAGUCAGCUUCGACUUGCCGUUCCUAAAGUGCGAGCGCAUAUCGUGCAGGGCAUUGACCCCACAGGCAAACCUGGCGACCUAUCCGGCGACACGGCGAGCAAGUCCAAAGCCGAGUUUGUCUUCGAGGCCAAGAAUCCCUCGGGGCCGUCGUUAACCCCCAGAGCGCAAGAUCGUGAACCCUGUCGGAUCACCCUGACGAGGAAGGAUCAGCCGUUGUGGCAGGACUUUCUUCCGCGUCCGGUUCUUCUGGUUACAGGGACCAGGACGUUUUGGGCGGCGGCAGAUGAGACAGGUUCUAUAUAUCUGUGGACGCCUCACGGCCGACGGCUCAACAGUGCUCUGGUCAUGGAAGCUCAACCUGUGAUUCUUGCGUCGUACGAUUCAUGGCUGAUGUGCAUCACUGCCGUUGGCGUUUGCUAUGUCUGGAAUGUCAAAACUAUGUCAAGCCCCCAUCCGCCCGUGUCGCUGGCCCCUGUGCUUGACGCGGCCGUCCAUUCCCUAGCUGCUCACCCGACAGGUGCGCCUGCGAUUACACAAGCUCGCUUGAAUUCCGAGGGUCGGAUUAUCGUCAGCUUGUCGAAUGGUGACGGAUAUGCGUACUCACCUCAGAUGUACUGUUGGCAACGGCUGUCCGAGGUGUGGUGGGCGGUGGGCAGUCAAUACUGGAACACGACGGAUUCUUCGGUAGGCAACAUUCAGUCUUCGAAGGCAAAGACCGACUUCGAAAAGUCCGUGGAUGUGUCUUCCGGCAUCGUGCCGUGGCUGGAGAGAAACACAACGUCGGAGACGUUGCUACGGGGCCGAGCAUACUUCUUACAGCGACUGAUCAAGGUUUUGUUGUCACGGGAAGGAUUUGAGAGUUUCGAAUCGGGUGUCUCGAUUGCUCAUCUCGAGAACCGCAUCGCUGCAGCGCUCAUGCUGGGGGCAAAGGACGAGUUCCGGAUAUACCUGCUCAUGUACGCCAAGCGAUUGGGCGCCGAAGGUUUGAGGCUGAAGGUUGAAGAACUACUGAGGACACUGAUCGGCGGUAUCGUGGAACCGUCAGGUCAAGAUGGGGACAGUGUUGCGGCCACCAUCAAUGCCGUGGAAGGUCGCAACUGGCAGGAAGAUUCCAAGACGAUUUGUGGAUGGCCCCGAGAAGAGCUCCUCAAGGACGUCGUCUUGCUUCUUGGGAAACAUCGGGAUUUGCAGCGAAUCACUGUGCCUUAUGCGAAAAUGCUACAUAUCGUGGACGACAUGCCAGAGGAUCAAGACCAAAUGGCCCUGUAA